CCUCUGACUGUGGAACUUCAGGAAAUGCUCAAGUCCUGUCCUAGCAGAACACAUCUGUGGCCAGCAAAGAGAAACCGGACUUUGAAGAUGAAGCAUCUUCUUGCCCAGUUCCCAUUCAUCUUGGCUAUCUAUUGCCUCUGCCUGCUACAGAUUCCCUCUUCAGGUUUUUCUCAACAUUGGACUGAUCCUGCAGAUGGCUUGGAUAUUGUGAGGCUUGAGCGGCUGGCAUAUUGGGCAACUCUUUCUAGACAACCCAAGGAUAAUCAAGAUAUCUACAAAAGAUUUUUAUUUCACUACUCCAGAACUCAGGAGCCAACACCUCCAGUUAAAACUGGGUUUCCUCCUGUGCACCCUCUAAUGCGCCUGGCUGCGAAGCUUGCCAACCGCAGAAUGAAAAGAUUUCGGCAGCGGGAUUUGGGGGCAGCUGCAGGGGAUUUUAGCAGGAAGGAUCACGCUGCCACCUUGGGAAGACCAUUUUUCCUUUUCAGGCCAAGGAAUGGAAGAAAUCUUGACAUUAACACCUGGGACAUGAGGCUGCUGCCCUUCAGUGGCAAAACAGCCUCUGUCCUGGAGCCUGUUGGGGACCAAAUGGUGGUGACCAGAGCCUGGCAGGCCAGGUGUGAUGCCGGAGAUGGUCCUCAUAAGAGACUUAGCGUGGUGGCAUCCAGGGAGCACUCAGUGAGUGCUGGUUCCAAUGACACCUCAAAGAUGAGCUUUGUUCCACAAAUUGUACCAAAAGGACCUGCUCUAACCUUCCUGGUGGAUGACAGAGCACAACAGCUGCCACAGACCUGCCUGGUGGAUGACAGUUAA